AUGGCCCACCUCGUCGACUGCUCCACACUGCAUGAAGUCGAGCAAGAGCGGCGCUCGCUGUCUAGACUGACUCAAGAGGCGAGGGAGAUUCGGGUUACUGAGUGGAGUGAGCCUGAACCUGAAACCCAGGCUCCUACGCAAAGUCAGUGCAGUGUGCAGGAUGAGUCUGCUGUUGUUGAAGACGAGCUCGCUGUUGUUGGAGAAGGAGUUCGAAUGGCCUUCUGGCAUGGGAAUGGGAGAAAGAUGAAGGCGUAUACGCAGGCAGACGAGGAUAGUGAGAAGAAAGGCGCACUCAAGCGUCUGUGUCGGUAUCUUGGGUGUGGUGUCAAGGCUGCGUAG